UGCUUGAAAUGGAAGUGCCGCGGCAUGCUGCCGAUUUAAAGAGGAAAUAAGUAGGCAAAAUAAUGUGAAACCGAACUCGACGUAGAAGAGGAAUGCUGGACACAGCUUUCGAGGAAUAGGACAGGAAUAGUACGUUGUCCUUCGCCGAUGCAAAAGUGGUAUCGGUGUUUACAUAGAAAGCGGGAAUUAAACGUUCAUGCUGUCAUCAUGCCUUACACGAUAAGGUGAAUGGGUAAAGCGACGAUUGCGAGGCGGCGGUGUUCGUCACAUACGAAUCGGACCCGUACACGAGUGCUGUUCGACCGCGGGUGGUUUGCAGGGCGUUUAAUCGGAGCCGGUUGUACCUCGUGUGUCACUCGCGAUCUAGAGACGACGCUCACAGUAAUCAGAGGAAUUUAACCUUCGCGCGACAUUCGGGACGAUCGGACGGUCGGAGGGAAAGGAGUGGUGCGCAUUGUGCCAUUAGUUGUCAAGUGGUUUUAAAAAGAAGCGGAGCCGACGACGCGGGAAGAUGCUGCCGCCGCGAAUACUCGGUCUGCUGGUGAUUCUCCUCGCCGUGCAGGGUCUAUGUAAACCAACCAAGAGUACCGAGGGCGAGGAUUAUGAGGACGAUCCGCCCUUUGACGAGGAAGACGAGGACGAUGAGGAUGUUGAUGAUGCCGAUUUUCUCGGUCCGCAACCGCAAAUCUUAUCGCUGCCCACAAGUGUUCGCGUAACGGAAGGGAGUACUGCUAUGUUAAACUGCAACGUGAUUCACGCAGAGAAACACGCAGUCGCGUGGAUGAAGGACAAAGAGUAUCUGUACGUCGAUUCGGAUUCGUACACGUCGGACUCCAAGAGGAUCAUUCGACUGCCGAACAACACACUGGUGAUCUACAACGCGACGAUCAGCGAUUCCUCCGACAAUUACGAGUGUAUCAUCGUGCGAAAACAGAACAUCGUGCUCACCCACCGUCUGCGGGUCGACCCUAAAGGGCCACAGUCUGUUGCGGUCCCACCGCAGCCUAUAGCCCCGCAGCAGCCUGUGACUUCGCAGCAGCCUGCAACCCCUCAGCAACCCGUAGCCCCGCAACAAUCCACGGUGCCAUCAGAGCCAGUCGGCCCGCCGCAACAUUCGCACCGGACACUUAUACGCGUGAUGCCCAAAAAGAGGAUAGAUGUGAAUCAGGGACUAAGCGUCACGUUCGGCUGCGAGACGAACAUGCAGCCCCCGCCUGAAAUUAAGUGGUUCGUCGAGAACAAAAAGCUGAAUAACGAUCCCGAUGUGGUGGUGAACAACAAUUACAUCACGAUAAGGAAAGUGAACAAAACACACAGCGGUCUGUAUCAGUGUCUCGCUGAAGACGGCUCCUCGGAUCCGGCGAUAGAAGCGAUCACUCUCGUUGUGAAUUACGCACCUGAGAUAGAGGCGAAGAGGAGCGUGGUGCACACCGGCACCGGUAUCGAGUCGGAUAUGACGUGCAUCGUGAGCGCUUAUCCGAAGGCCAUAAUCAAGUGGUACAAAGAUAACAAGGAGAUCACGCAGAAGAAGGGAUUGAUAAUCCUGCAUCACGGUGACAUGAAAGAUAACAGGACCAAGCACAUACUGAAGAUCCUGCAUACCACAGAGCAGGACUUAGGCGAGUACAAGUGUAGCGCGCAAAAUUCCAUCGGCCUGAACUACAAGAGUAUCAAGCUUACAGGUACGCCUUCGCAAGCGAAACCGAUAGGCGCCGAGAUGACCAAUGACGACACGGGAAUAAUUCUCAAGUGGCGUCUGGAGAGUUAUUCACCAAUCAACGAGUACAAGCUGCAGUAUCGUCGCAGAGGCGACGAAAACUGGAGCGUCGCUGAGCCCGAGGUCAAGAAUGGAAAAGGAAAUCAGUUUAUCGUGGAGCAACCGAUCAAAGAGCUUGAACCCGGAUCCUACGAGGCGAUCCUUUUAGCUAGGAAUUCCUUCGGAUGGUCUCCACCGUCCGAGCCGCACCUGUUCGCCGGUGACUACCCGCCCGAAAUGGCACGGAAAGAAGGAAACUCAGCUAUCCAAAUUCGACCGCCCGGAAUUCUUUUAGCUUUCAUCCUAGUCGUUUUAUCUUGUGCCUUCACAAGUCUGUAACUUACUUAAACUGUGUAAACUACGUAGGUAAUUUGCUGCAGCCAAAGCAUACACCAGCAAACGUCAUGGUGGGUUUAAUAAAGUAAGAACACUUAGGAGAGAGACGCACGCACGUCAGUCGAGUGCGAGCUUCGUCACCCGGAUAUGCGUCCUGCAGUUUUUCUGCGUAAGCGCUACGCGUGUAAUUUACUUUGUCUUAAAUUCUUCUCGAGCGGGCAUUAUCAUGCAAAAUGUUUAAGUGAACUAUAUAUAUUGUUACGUGCGUUUUUGUAUAGCCAGAAUUUUGUAGCAUUAGCCUUUUUUUACAUUGUGUGUGGCGUACACACAUACACACACACACACACACACACACACGCAUACGUAUACAUACACAGAGCUCGCCUAGGUGUUCCAUGAAGACGCGUUGUAAAGGAAACGAGCAUUUCAAUGGUACUCCGUAAAAUAACGGAUAAUUAUUAAGGGGUAUUGUACUUUAAAAUAGACGUAUAUAUUUAUAUCUAUCUAUCUAUCUAUUUCUCUCUCUUUCUCUCUCUCUCUCUCUAUCUUUCUAUCUUUCUCUCUAUGUAUCUAUCUAUCUGCACACGCGCACACACGGGUGCGUACACAAUACAUACGCGACGCCGUGUGUACGCGUACAACGUAUACACGUAACAUAGUAUUCACUGUACAUGCAUAAGAGCUCAGAGAUACACAAUCAUUAUUAUAAUUUAUUUUUGUAUGCUUAAGAUUAUAUUAGAGACACGUGUUCAAAGAUGUCGCGCUUUUUGGUGCCAUGUACACACGGCCAUGUACACGCCUCCUCGGUGAAUCCUGUACAGAGCUGUAAAUACGGCAUCUUUAUGGGGAAGAAAAGGAAGAAAACAAAAAUAUGUCCGCAGUGAGAAAUAUGCACGCGUGAGAAAGAGCAUGUACCUAUAUAAUUACGAUAUAUGAUAGCGGAGAAGUAACGUUAUAUAUAGAGAGUAUAUACAUUAUUAUAUGAUGUGUAACGUGCGACGUGUAUACGCGGAAUACUAUACGGAGUUGGAAGCAAUCAUACCGACGAUCGUCGUGCAAGAAGAAUUAUCCUUAACGUUAUGUCUCCCCAUGCCCCGUAUGUUUGCUCCCAACGUGAAGGCGAGUUUCUUUUUUUUUUGUUUUAAUUUACGCCUAUGAAUGCGAGUAAGUGUGCGUGUGAGACGAACAAGUGGCGAGCAUGCGAGGAUAUCGUUCUAUUAGCGUUUUUUCCAUAAAAGUUUUCGCUAGCUUUCGUCGCGCUAUGAGAGAUAUGUUGUUAUAUUGAUUUAUAUAAUUAAUGUUACGUACACGCACACACACGCGCGCACACGCACGCACGCACGCACGCAUGCGCACACACACACACACACACACACACACACGGAGUAUUUUACGAUCGUAACAGAAAACUGCCCGUGUUAGAAAUGGUGUACUCGACGUAGAUGUAAACUGUCAGACUUUACGAAGGCUAUUUCUCUUGUAUUUGUACGCAUAGCAAUACGCUUAUAUACAUAAUUUUUGUCGUCUAUAAAAUCAUAGUUUAUUUCGCGUCUGAAACAUUCAUUAUUUUGAGCAAUUGGAAUUAUAUAUUAGUGAACUCAUUAUCACAAAAUCGUAUUGUUACUCGUCUGUCGUAUCAUUGCAAUAACGCAUUGCCGAUGUUGAUUGGGAAUUUUAAUAAAGAAAAACUGCAGAUAUUUAGCAACGUUGAGGCAUAAUUCUCUACUGUGCUUAUUUCAUUACGUCGAGUAUAUCAUGACACUUUAAAUUCGUAGACCUUUUAUUCACAAUUCUAUGAUUUCGCUGAACGCGAGAUUUAUGAGCGGAAUUAUAAAAAAAAUUACUUAGUUCUGGAAAAGAUGCGAAUAAUUACAUGUUGAAAAAUGGAAAAAAAUAUAUAUAUAUAUUCCUAUUAUUGCCAACCGAUUAAUUAAUUUCGGCUUCUUGAAAUGUGUAUUUAACAAAAAAGAACGAAAGUAAUUAUAUUUGAAGCUGUAUAAUAGUAUGCACAUAUUGUACUUUAUGUUUAUACAUCUUUUCCAUGAUCUAUUGCUUGUAUAUCAAACAUGGACGUUUCAAUUUGAGUGCGUAACUAAAUUUAUGUACAUACAUACAUACAUAAAAGUUUAUUUUAGUACAUGUCGAUAAUAUAUUUAAGAAAAGAUAUUAGUCAAGAUGCUUACGAGACAUUAUGUUGAUAUGCAACACUCCUGAUGUGCAUAUAAAUAUAGCUUCUACCGUUGCCUUAAUCAAUUUAACAUGUACAAUCAAGAAUAAUGAAAGGUACAUUAAUUCAUAAGAUUAUACUUGCUGAUGGGUAAUAAAGUACAUCGAGAUACAUUGUAUUGCAAAUUAGUGUAGCUACAUUUCAAGCAAAUUGGUACAUGAAAUUGAUGGAAUGUAUUAAGAAGUUUUAAAGAUAUGUAGAAAAUUAUUUAAGAUUCCAAAAAUGUCUUAAAUAUUUAAAAUGAGAUGCCUUGA